CCACUUCCUCAGAGGGCAGAUAAUCCCACACACUCUGGUUUCACAGGAAAAUGACAACUAUCCCUGAAGCAGACAACAUCACCAGGAUAUUCACGCAGUAUUCGGUGUAUGAUUAUAGUUAUGAUGACACCCCAGCCCCAUGCAGCAAAGCAGGAGUGAGGCGUUUUCGUUCUUGGUUCCUUCCCACAUUUUACUCCCUCGUGUUCCUGUUUGGCUUGGCAGGGAAUCUCCUUGUCGUCUUGGUGCUGCUGAAAUACAAGAGGCUGAGAACCAUGACGGAUAUCUACCUGCUCAAUCUUGCCAUCUCCGACUUGCUUUUUGUUUUGGCUCUUCCUUUCUGGUCAUAUUUCGUGGCUGAUGAGUGGGUGUUUGGAAAUGGCUUCUGUAAACUAAUCUCUUGGGUCUACCAGGUUGGAUUUUACAGUGGGAUCUUUUUCAUUGUACUCAUGAGCAUCGACAGGUACCUUGCCAUUGUUCAUGUUGUGUUUGCUUUGAAAGCAAGAACUGUCAGCCAUGGCAUUGUGACUAGUGUUGUUGUAUGGGUGAUUGCUGGUACAGCUGCUAUUCCAGAAAUAAUAUUCAGCCAAUCUGUUAGUGAGUAUAAUUAUACAAUGUGCAAGCUAGUGUACUUCAAGAAUCAGACAACAUGGAAUCUCUUCACUGCCUUGGAAACCAACAUUUUAGGCCUUCUUGUGCCAUUCAUUGUCAUGUUGGUUUGCUAUACAGAGAUUGUGAAGACCCUGCUGCGCUGCAGAAAUAAUAAGAAAAAGAAGGCUGUCAAAAUGAUCUUUGCUGUUAUGCUUGUGUUUUUCCUGUUUUGGACCCCUUAUAACAUUGUCCUUUUCUUACAGUGUUUGGUUGAUAUAGGCAUUAUUAGAGAAUGCCAAAUCAGCAAAAACCUGGAUUAUGCAAUUCAGGUAACUCAAACAGUAGCGUUUUUUCACUGCUCUCUUAAUCCUAUUAUCUACUUCUUCAUGGGACAAAAGUUCAAGAAAUACAUCAAACUAUUCUUUAAGAACUACAUCUUUUCAAAAAUAUUUUGCAAAGCCUGUGGAUUCCCCGAUACCGUCUACUUCGAAUCAUCAGGAUCACUCUACACUCAGUCCACAAGUGAUGAAGAGCCUCUCUGAAAAUGCUGAAAUAUGCUGUUGUGUUUUUAGGGAGGCAUUUUUGUUCAUUUCUUUUUGGUUUAGGGGUAUUUUUGCCUGUCUGUUUACUUUGUGGUGUGUAGGGAGGGAGUAUUUUGCCUCUUUGAUUGUUGGAAGAACAAUCAGAACAUCACCAGUUUUUCUUUCUGUAAAAUGGGCACCUUUUGCUUUGUAGGAACAAAUAUGAGCCUUGGCAUUUGGGGCCCAAACCCAGGCCAUGCAACCAUUUUCUUGGAAAAUCUAACUAGGCAGAUCACAGAGCAGCCAGUAUUUUGCCUGGGCCUAUAACAGCAUCUCAGCUUUCUAAAUGUUCCCACAGGCCCAAAAAUAUUGCUCUGUGGGGAACUAGCAAAUGUAGGAAAUUCAGUGUGAAGAGGAUUUUUUUAAAAAAAUCAAAUUGGAGAAAGAUAUGGCAUAAAAUUAAUCAGUCUGACUGCAUUGAACUUCAGUGACUGAAGAUCUGGAAUAAGCAAAGGAAUAAUAUUCCUUGAUUCAGGCUAGUGAUCAGUUUGCUUUCCUGAAACUCAGAGGCUUGAUAUAUGGACAAAAAAACCACCCUUGCAACAAAAGCCUUAUGCAUGGCAGCACCAAGCGCACUGAAUAGUGCAGUCAUGCAGAUUUUAAGUGCUUUAUGCUUAUUAGCUUACACCUCCUCAAAAAUGUGAUUACUCAAGUACCUGCUAAGAGAUUAAUCAUCUUAUAUGGGUUUCCUUUCAAGUCACCAUAUAAGAUCUGCUUGCAAAGUCCUUCCAUCUUCUGGGAUUUUUCUUCUAUAUAUAGUAGAACUUUAUUCAAUUUGCACUAAUUGUGUAUGGUUUUCAGUUAUAUUACCUUGUUAUGCACAUUGCCUGACUUCUCCUUGUUUUAAUAUUGGCUCUACACAUGAGGAUAUUAUUGACUCUGUUGUUCAUCUUUCCGUUUUUGUAAAAGAAGAGAAGAUUUUAUAUCCCUGUCAUCAUGCCCAAGUGUUUUCUGUAUUUUCAUGUCUAGAAAUUGUUCUCAAAAAUGUGUGUGUUCAGUAAAAACUUGUAAAGACAUUUCUAUUUUUGCUUGACUGUUAAUGCUUUUGAA